UCAACUUUAGAAGGACUGGAUCAAACUUUCCAGGCUGGUGUAGAAGCACAGUUUACGUUAUGUCCAAAGACACCUGGAGAAGAGAUAAGUAACCAGGCGGAUCUCAAGGGUCGAGUUGAACUGCUGAUUAAACCCGUCAAAGAUGUUACAGACGUGAAUGUUGAAGAGAAAGAAGACGGCAAUCUUAGACUGAAGUUUACUCCCAAAGUACCUGGCGCCUAUAGUUUUGAGGUGAAGAUUAACGGCGAUAAACUACCGACCUGUCCCAUGACUAUGCAAGUAAAAGAACGUGAACUUGUUGUGGUCAGGGAGUUGAAGUUAAAGCUCUUUUCAGGCGACACGCUUAAAGGGUUGUAUGGAAUUUCUGUGAAUACAGAAGGCCAGAUAGUUGUGACAGAUAACAAUGGCCACUGUGUUUAUGUGUUUGAUAAAGAUGGUAACUGUUUGAAGAAAAUUGGAGGCCGAGGUAGCAGUACAGGACAAUUUCAGUUCCCUGAUGGCAUUUUGUUUUUAAAUGACAACGAAGUCCUAAUUGCAGAUAAUAUCAAUGAUAGAAUACAGCGACUUGAUAUUAACACAGGAACUGUUGUUAAAAGUUUUGGGAAAAAAGGCAGAGAAAAAGGAGAGUUUGGCAGGCCAAUAGACGUUACUGUGAAUGAUGAAGAACGCAUUGUUGUAACCGAGCAUAGGAAUGGUAGGAUACAGGUGAUGUCAGAGGAAGGAGAGUCUAUUUUCACAUUUGGAGACAAAGGCUCAGAGAAACUGCUUGGUCCAACCUGCUGCACUCUUUAUAAAAACGUGUUUCUCGUAUCUGAUACAAGCAACCACUGCAUAAAAGCUUUUGAUCAGUUAGGAACAUUCUUAUACAAGUUCGGCAAACAAGGGAAUCAAGAUGGACAAUUUAACCGGCCGCGUGGUUUGCUUGUAGACAGCUCCGAUAAUCUUUUAGUAUGUGACUUUGGCAAUAACCGAGUUCAGCAGUUUUCUUUAGACGGUCGCUUCACCGGCAAAAGUAUCACCCGUUUAUCUCAGCCUAUGGCGAUAACAAAAGCACCAGACGGGCGUAUUCUUGUUACUAGCUAUGAUGAGAAAAAAUUGUACACUUUGAAAUAGACUUAUUCAAAAGUGAAUUUUGCUUCUUGAGCCGCUCCUUACUUGUGUCUUUUUUUUAUUUUUAGUACUGUUUUAUCACUUGUCUGGAAGAACUCUCAGCAAUAAUAUCAAGACUUACAAUUACACUUGGAGACAAAAACCUUUUGACUUGAAGUAAUUAGCCCAGGUCUUUCAAGUUCGUCAGUUUCAAGCCGUUUUAAUCUUCUCCAUCCCUCACCACUUGGCCAUCCAUGUUUCUUCUCGGUUUAUUAAUAUCCUCUUUAAUUGUUUUUUCUCCGAUCUGAAGGCUUUGUUUUUGUUUUUUCUUUAAGUUCAAGGUAUUUUUGCGCAUCGUCGGUAGUGAUUUGAAUAAUAAUCUAGACCAAGAAAUUUAACGGCGAGUCCUUAAAAAAAUUGCUAAUAUAACAGAAAAACUACCUGCUGUAUAGAAACAUUUAACAAGUUUGACUUUUUUCACAGACUGAGAAUAUAUAGCUGGAAAACGUUAAGACCAUGUGCUGCUUUUUGCAAUCAUUUAUUGGACAGGAUAGAUAAAGUCCGGGUUUUUCAAUCUAAGAAAAUAUAUUUUUGAUUAAAAUUUAAUUUAAGAACAAUUUAUGAUUGCAUAAUUUCACAUGUAUAAAUAAUC